ACGGCUAGUCAAAUUAGCUUAGUGCAGUUGUAGAGGUUGGAAGAUAGUUCAUCCCGUUCGUGUUACACUCUUUACGAGCAUUAAAAACGCUUCCCGUCCACGGUAAGAGCUGUAAGGACAGAACUUAACUCCAGGAUGUGUUCGGUCGUCGGAUGUGACUCAUGGCGUCGCAGUGCGCAACGGUUCAAGUUACCGGAGGAUCCGGAGAGGAGACUGGAGUGGGUUCAGUUUCUCGCUACAGUCAAUAAACAGCGAUUUAAAGAAUCGUCCUGGACGGAUAUUACAAUGUGUAGCGAACACUUUAGAGAUGAUUGUUUUGACAACCUGACACCGAGCGAGCUAACGUUAAAGCCCAGUGCUGUCCCAUCACUGUGUCUCCGGUCACAGGAACAUCUGGAGAGCCCAACAUGUGUGGAGCCUGAGGAAACCACAGAUUCUGCUUGUCCGCCUGAUCAACUUUGUGAUGGUCCAACUUACUUUUCUGAAGAGUCAGGACCGACUUCAAUGGCUGCCCAAGGAAGUCCACUGACAAGAGGCGACUCAUGUUCAACUUCAGAUGCUUUUAUAUCUGUUUAUGACCCGAUGCAGCGACCAGAAAAUAAGAAUUUUGAUUUAGACACAGAUAAAACUGCACUCCUCCAGUUGUUUAGCAGCAAAUGCCCGUUAUGUGGCUGUAUACUUCAGAUAGAGAAGGCUAUCCAUGGGGUGCUCAUCAUCUUGAACCAACAUUGCCUUCAGUGUGACUACAGGAACCAAUGGAAAAGCCAAGUCAAUGCCAGAGUCUCCACAGCUGAAGAUCAACAUCUGACAGAAGUUGUAGAAGUAACAACAGAGACCCAACAGGCUGUGCCAACAGAUGACACCCAUAUCACUGGAGUCCCUGAGAUCGUUGCUGUUGUUGAUGAGGAGAGUGAUCCCUCGGCUGACUCCAGUGAGCAGGGGGACAUGGAUUCAGGCGAGGAUUGGAGGCCGGUGAAGGGUUUUUAUCAUGCCAGAGUGCUUGAAAAGAAACCUGAGGAGGAAACCGAAGAGGAAGAGGAAGAAGAUGAUUACCCUCCACACAGUCAGCUCUGCACAGAGUGUGGGAUGUUUUUCAAUAAACAGAAGCAUCACACAUGUGAGCAUAAAAUCAAACCCUAUCCUUGCAAUAUUUGUGGUAAGAGAUGUGUUAGUGAGACUGCUCUAAAUACUCACAGCCGAAUCCACGAUGGAAACUAUGAGUAUCAGUGCAAAUACUGCUGCGUUACAUUCAAAACAAAGGUGGGAAAAAUCACUCACGAGCAGAUCCACCUAACUGAAGGGAAACCCUACAAAUGUCCCGACUGUUCGGAGACAUUUGCCACAAAUAAGCAACGCAGAAUCCACCUGGAGGAUCACAGAGGCCCCCGGCAGUUAAAAUGUCCCAUUUGUGGGAUUGAAUUCCUCUGGCCACUUUCUCUCCAGAGACACUUAGCUGUGCACACAGGAGUGAAGCCGUUUAAGUGUUCAGUGUGCCAACGUGGAUUCAGCCAGGCGAGCCACCUGAAGUCCCACAUGCGCCUGCACACAGGGGAGAGGCCUUUUAAGUGUCGGCACUGCGACAAAAGCUUCAAUCACAACGUGAGCUUGAAGAGUCAUUAUCAGCGUUACCACUCAUCAAGCUCUGGACGCCAACAGAAGAAAAAAAAGAUCAGCAAAAGGGCUGGUGAUGCUGAGGGUGAUGGAAAGAAGAGAGGUGCAGAUGAUUCCAGGCUUGACAAUGUAGAAGAAGAACAGGACAUAGAAGAGGAGGUGCAGAAGGAGAAAAUAUAUAGAAAUAAAAAGAAAGGGAGAAGCACAGGUAGACCCAUAGGAAGGCCCAAGAGCUACGAAUCAGGCAACUUAGUGGAAGGCCAGUGUUCAAACACCAAGACUGGAAGAGCUCCGAAUUUAAAGAGAACACAGUGUAGUGACGAAGAAAGUGAGGACGAGCCGAGUGACAGCGACACAUCCUUUGAUUCAGCAGAGGAGGAAGAGGAGGAAGAAGAGGAGAGCAGCAAGAAGGCGAAAAAGCACACAAUGAGCAGAAGGGGAAGCCUAAAGCAUCCUGAUAGUGACUCUGAUUUUGACCCAGAAGAAAAAAACAAAAAGAGGUACAGCAGUCAGAGCAAGCGUAGGGUAAGACCAAGGUCACAUCUUAAAGAAGAUAAUUAAUUUGGUUUAAAAGUUCAAUGUGUAAUUCCGAGCUACCGGCUCCAAAUACAUAGGGGGCAGUAUUUCACCUCUACUACGAGGUCCAUACGAUCUAAAUUCAUCAAUCAUCAAAACCAUCAGUUAUUAAAAAACAACUUGAGUAUGUUAACCUGUUUGUAUUUUAGUUGUUGUAGUUUAUUGUAUUCGAGUAUUAUAGUGUAUUCUUUAUAUUGGUAUUUGUAUUCUACAGCACAGUGUUGAUAUAUUUACUGUGUAUGAUUGUGUGUAAGUCUGUCAGUCAAAUUCGACCAAAGUGCUGAAACUCUGAGAGUCGGUCUCAAUAACACUGAUAUUUUAUAAUCUUCACGUGGAGCUUACAUAUCUGUGUGUUUACUGUGACUGGGGGCUGUACGGUCCAUGUUGAUCGUUUGUAUAUUGGCUUGGGUCCGGGCGGCAGAGAUGAGCGAACAAAUCGUGUUUUUAUUUCCACUCUUGCGCCAAAACAAUACUGCUUCCCGGUAGGGGAGCAUGUAGCCGCUCCGGCGGCUCGGAUACAGAGGCGUAUAUCCCAGCACCGGGAGUCACGGCCGGCUGGGUCUCACCUGUGUGACGGCAGCAACAGGAAGUUUGAAGAUCCGGCGGGGAGUCGGCUAAAUCAGUGCUAUCUGCUGCCUGGUAGAUACCUUAAUCGCCUUGUGUUAUGAAAAACGCUACACAAAUGCAAUGCAUUAUUAUCAUGAUUCAUAUUAUUUACCCUUUGAGGAGGGGUAUCAGAAUAAUUGACAACAUUACCCAAAGGUAGGCUAUCAUUUGCAAUGGAAACGGAGAUCACAGUAAAUACAUGUUUGCA